AUGAUAUGGAUUAUUGUAGUAGGACUUAUCUGGGGAUUGACUAAUACGUUUAUGGAAAAAGGCACCAAAAAGAGUCUAAAUCUUCCAUAUCUCCCUGAAUUUUUUCAAACCUUUCUCCAUCCAAGAUUCUUUAUCCCAUUUAUUCUUAAUCAAGCUGGCUCAGUCCUUUAUUCCUUGCAAUUAGGCCAAACUCCUUUAAAGCUUGCAGUACCUAUAGCAAACAGCACAGCCUUUCUUGUAACUAUUUUACUUGAUAAACGCAGCAUGAGAACUUAUUUUGGUGCUUCUUUAGUGAUUUUAGGAAUCAGCUUAUGUCUAAAUUCAUAA